AUGCGAUUCUCUUCCUCCAGUUCAGACUCGGAUGCUGUGGUCUCUUCAGGAGAAAGUGUGAUUGAGUCAGAAAAUGAGAUUGAAAGAGAAUCACCAAUUGUGGGUUUAAAACCCCCGCAAAAAGUAGAUGGAGAAUUUGUCAUAUUUAAGUACGACAAUAACUUUUAUCCUGGAAAAGUACUUAAAGCUACGAAAAAAACAGCAACAAUCUCAUCUAUGAAAUCAAAUGGUCGUUUGUGGAAAUGGCCCGAACAUAAAGAUGUGCUCGACUAUCCCUGGGAUGCAGUAGUUGCUCAUAUAGAGGCUCCCAAGAAGACCAGUUCUACGAGAAAUGUAUUUGAUGUUCCAGAGAUACAUUCCUUGAUAUAUUUUUUGAAGUUUAAUGCCCAUAACACAUAA